CAUGAUCAAUCUCUUUCCUACACUCAACCCCAAAUUCUUUCUUUUUUCUAAGAACAGUAACAAGAAAAUGCUAAAGUUGAUGUUGGCUUGCUGUAAAGUGUACAUAUCAGAAAGCAGAAACAGGGCAGCUCUUGAAUCAAUUGAAAAAGCUGCUAAGUUAUUUCCAGAGGUUCCCAUUGUUAACAAAUUUGAAGAUGAGAUUUACAACAGAGUUGGUUACACCCUUGUCUCCAAAUUAUAUCCCAAUCCCUCAACUGAAUCUUGUCCCUUAAAAAAUGCUUCUUUUGCAAUGGUCAAAGCUGCAUUUGAGACAAUUGAUCUUCAACAGCAUUGUGGAACUCAUCCUAGGCUUGGUGUUGUGGACCAUGUUUGUUUUCACCCCUUGGCUAUCACUUCUUUGGAGUUAGUUGCUUCCACUGCUAAGUCUUUGGCAUUUGAAGUUGGUUCUAAUCUUCAAGUCCCGACCUACUUAUAUGGAGCAGCACAUCAAGAGGGAAGGUCACUUGAUUCAAUCAGAAGGGAGUUGGGAUAUUUCCAUCCUAAUUCAAGUGAGAACCAGUGGGCUGGUGGGCCAAAAUCGCAGACUUUGCAAUUAAAGCCCGAUGAGGGUCCUUCCCGAGCAACUCAAGCAAAAGGUGUGAUUACAAUCGGAGCUACCAGGUGGGUUGACAACUAUAACAUUCCCGUCUUCACCAAUGACAUAUCCAUUGUUCGUAAAAUUGCAAAGAGAGUCAGUGGAAGAGGAGGUGGACUUCCGUCAGUGCAAUCCAUGGCACUAACUCACGGAGGUGGCACAAUUGAGGUUGCUUGCAACUUACUGGAACCAGCUAGGAUUGGUGGCGACCAAGUACAGCUUGAAGUUGAGCGGCUUGCUAGGGAAGAGGGUAUUGCUGUCGGAAAGGGAUAUUAUACAGAUUUCUCAGAAGAAAAAAUAAUUGAAAGCUACUUGAAACUAGUUCAACAUUCUGACUAGAAGCUAGAGGAGCAAGUUAUUCUAUCCCCGUUCCUUUUUUCCUUCUCUUUUCGCUGUUUUGGCUGAGAUUUUCGAAGCCUCUUGACUUUGAGCUCCAGAGGUAAGCAAUAUGUGUGUACGGGUAAAUUCCUCCGGCUUAUCUACAUUUUAUUAUAGCACAUAAUAUCAUUAUCUUACUGCAUUUCUUAAACAUUCUUAUUCUCUUCAUAUACAUAGAGAGAGCUGUCUAAAUAAAAGGUUUCUUUCUUCAUUGUAAUGUGGUUGAUUGGACAUUCUUGAUCAGGAAUAGGACAUGUGCAAAAGUAUCAGACAAGAGAUGGAUAUGGAUUCUUAAAUCCAAUUUGCAUGGAAAAGAUUAAGCUUUGUAAUAGACAGUGAGUUUGUCAUAAAGCUGAAUACCAAAUGGUAAUAGAUAAGAUUAGGUGCAUGGAAUUAAUUUGUUAUUUUCUGGUUAGUCCUUCUCAUUGCCUUGUCACCCCAGCAACUCAUUUGUUUCUUCUUGUAUUCGUGUACAGUACCAUGGUCUGUUCUUGACAACUGAACUUGUGACUUCAA